AUGAGGCUGCAAACUUUUCGGCGCAUCCUGCGCCUCUCGCGUCCUUGCCGGCACAGACGCAUGUCUCCAUUCGACGUGCAUUUCUCUAUGCACCAUGCGCCUCUUGUACCUCCUUCUUCUCUCUCUUCUUCUCCCUCUUCUUCUCCCUCUUCUUCUCCCUCUUCUUCUCUCUCUUCUUCUCCUAACUCUCCCUCCUCUUCUCCUUACUCUCCCUCUUCUUCUUUGCAUUUGUGGAAUUUCGAGCGCUCCUUUGUCCCCACUUACACUUCGGCGAUUGACCGCAGCGACAGGGGAGGGUUUGCCUCUGUUUCUCCGUCUUCUGUCUCUUCCUCGCCGCUCAGUGAAGCGCCUCUUUUUGCGCGGCUGGCGCGCAUGGUGCUGAACGAUUUGAAGUCGAGCACGCUGCGCUUCUUGCGGAAAGUCGAGUUCGGCGCGAAGGCCGCUCACGGCGCCCUCGCUCGGCCGACUGAAGAUGAACAUGUCGCCACACUCUCCGAGAUCACCAGCGACCGAGCGCUCGAAGCAAUGCACCGACAAAUGUGGGAACACCCUGAUGGCCGGCGGGUGUUGGAGAAGAAGCCGCUGCUGGAUGACCGUUUCGUGGACUACGAAGCUCUACGGAAACUUCCAAAAAACACUCUCGGGUGGGCGUACAUGCAGUUCAUGGACAGAAACGAACUGCAUGCAGGCGCUCGACAGCCCGUUCGCCUCGUCGAGGACCGAGAGCUCGCCUACGUUCUCACGAGAUAUCGACAGUUGCACGACUUCAUGCACACACUCUACGGAAUGGGCGUUUCCGUCGAAGCCGAGGUCGCCUUGAAACUCAUUGAGUUUUGCCAAACAGGCCUCCCCAUGACUCUCGCCGCGUCGCUUGUCGGCCCUCUCGCCACGCCUUUGAUUCGCAUGCACAUGUCCCCUCGAGCAACAGACGCCCGCGUGGUGGGCGCGGCGCUGGCGGGAAAGCUGCGGCGGGAGGAAAGCGGCGAAGAAUGCAACUCCUUCCGCCUCGUCAACUCGCCUCUCCACAUUGUCUACGGGAGCGAAGAGAGAAAGACGGUUGGCGACGAAGAGGAGCGAGAGAAGAACGUUGUCGGAAAAGCGGAAAGCACAGACGAACCAGAAGUCCUCUACCCUCGUCGCACGCUUCUGGAAGAACUUCUCCCUUGGGCGUGGAAUGCAAGUCGAGUCGUGCAGGUCCCUCUCCACUGCGUGUACGUCGAGGAGUGGCUGGGGCGGCCCCUGGACGACCUACGUAGUCACUGCGGCGUCCUCCUCCCCCCUGCACAUCUCGCGCCCUACGUCGCUCGCUUCUAA